GUCCGCCAUCGCCCAUACUUGUGAGACCGUGUUUCUGUAUGACACAGAUGUAGUAGUCAGUCUACUCUGGAGAGGUAACGCAAGGUUGGUGCUCUGGAAGUUGCAGAUGUACGCCUUCGUAAGUUCAAUUCAAUUUUGUUCACACGUGACGAUUCACACCUGUGCUUCGAGUUUUGGGGGACAAGUAUGGAAGGAUUUGGAAAUGUAGCUUCAUGGUCGUUUGUAGCCCACGUUCUUUAUUGAUUCCCAAGGUGGUCCGACAAAAUUGGAUAUACUCCUGAACGACGGACCUGUUUACCCUUCACCAGCUAGUGCCAGUUCGCUGGGUCUCGCGAGCAUUUCCGCAGGCAGCGUACAAUUGAUGUUUCUCGGGCUGGAAUGUUUCUCGGCCGAACCCUUGUUCGUGUUGGAUGCGUCGCCUUGGUUCCAUGUGCGAAGUCGGUACCUAACGUAUGAGGCUCAUUCUCAUACUUUCUUCCAUCACAGACGCCACAUGCUGAUACAAAUAUGAGGGAGGUCCUUACUUGGGGUAGAUUUCACCAGCGUGCAACAACUCCUUCUGUAAGUGGGCAGCCGAUGCCUCACUUACCGGACGAUUGAACUCUUACAGAACCAUUUUGCUCAGCUGAAAUUAGAGUCGGCUUAGCCCCGAUCGUCGAGGAUUAUCUGAGAAUGGGAACUCGCAUUCCGCUAAUGCAGAUAGGGUCGUUUGUUUCUAUCCUGCCUCCGAUGGGUUUAAGCAUUUCGGCGACAGACAACGGUGGUUGCUGGUCUAAGUCAAGUUUCAAUGGAGAUUUGCUCAGCAGCUGCGCUGUUUCAUUCUCGUCUGUGCCCUCGUGGCGAGUUCCGGGCUCUCCUGGAGCCAAGGCCAUACCCACAGUCAGCCGCUACCACAGGACACAAAGUGCAUGCGUUUCGAAAGUGAGGAAAGGAUUUGUACCCACUCUGACAAUGAGGCGCGGGCAACAUUUGGGAAAUUCGUCCUUUGAGAAGCUGAAAGUCAGAUCUCUUGUGGACGAAGCUACUGCCCACUCAUCGGAUCUUGAAGAAAUGAAGGCAUCAUCUUCCACGAGUCCGAGAAGCGAUGCAGAUGCCGAGAGCCAGUCCAGUGAAUUAGAGGUCCAGGACGAAGAAAUUUUCUGUAGAGGGCAACAGUUGCAUGCGGAAAAGGAGACAUUUGUGGGUUCGAGUGAGAGUGGCACCUCAAGUGACUUUGAUGGAAGAGACGAGGAGGCCGAGGCUGGUAUAGAAAUAGUGGAGGCGUCAACCAAUCCUAUCGAGAUGGAUUACGAAGAUAUGAAGGUGGACAGAGAGCGAGAUUGGAGCAUUGCGGAUAUGAAAAAGGUUGACGCAUUGAGAAAUUUUGAGUACAGAAUCGGAACUGAGAAGGGGGUUUUAGUAGUGCAAGUAUUGAGAGUGGAACACAUGAAAGCAGUCGAGGAACUUCUUGUGGAUUCAUUUGCUGAGCUCAUGGGGGGCUUACUUACAUAUCGGCCCCUGUUGACAUUGACUGUCCGGCAAUACGUUCGAGAUAGGUAUGCUUGCCUACCAGAUGCCGUGACCUUAAUAGGACUGUAUGCACCGGCGGAAGAUAAUGUGGUAAUGGGUAGAACAGAGGACAACGAAUCUAGCAAUUGGUUGCUGGCUGGGACAGUGGAGCUCUCUUUUUCGAACGCUGGUCAUCCAGAUAUUCCUGCUGGUCCAUCACCUCCACCAGGCUCACCUUAUCUAUGCAACAUGGCCGUCAGCUCCGCCUACCGUAGGAGAGGUAUUGGACGAGAGCUUUUGAAAGCAGCGGAGGAAUUGGCAGCGUCAAAAGGCUGUGAGGAUUUGUAUUUGCACUGCAGGAUGGUAGAUAUGGCACCCCUCAACAUGUAUCAAGGGGCCGGUUAUCAGAUAGUCGCCACAGAUAGUAUCCUUUCUCUAUUGAGCUUCCAAAGGAGGCGCUAUCUCAUGAAGAAGAGGAUCCAUCCACACAGCCUUCCUAGCUCUACUGAAUGAAGCUGCUUAUUAGUAUGUGCCUUAAACAUUGUUGUUUUUGGUGCGACAUAUGUAGAGAACGUAGGAAUAGAUAGUCUUUCAAGUGGUGGUACACCGUGGUUCAGGUGUAAGGUACGAAGGACGUCCAAGUUCACUCAGCUGGUCUUGUACAAUUACUGCGAUCUUCCGUUAGAGUAUUAUAGUUGAGCUGUGAAGUGUCCACGUGAUGCUGAAUAGGACGUAUUAAACCUCCGAUUGUACUGUACAACAAGGGUGCGGAUGUACUGAAAGGGUAGGUGAGAGGGUGUGGAUUUUUUUUUGUAUCCUCGUCUCUUAUGCCGAUGACAAAUUUGGACUACCCAUCGAUAGCUUGAUGCUGAAAAUGGAAUUUAUCUGC